CUGCACUCCAGGUUGCUACGCUUCCCCAGGAGCCCCUGGAUCUUACACCACGGAGAAAAGCAUCCGCGGUUUCCCCAAUCGGGAUACCUGACUCGUUUCGUCUGUGCUGGUUUCCAAAUUUGAGCUAUAAAGCAAGUGGCUUCUUCUCUGGAUUCCUUCAUUAUUUUCCUCCCUCACUCAUAGCCAGCGGAUGAGCUAUUACGGAUCCGAAUACGAUCAGGGAGCGACCGAGGAGGAUCGGCAGCGCCAGGCCCAGCAGCAGCAGAUGGAACAUUGGGCCCAGGUUGGGUACGCUACAUCCAAUGGACCAUGGAGUCAGUAUGGCUACGCCCUGCCAACCCAGCCCGUCGAAGGUGGCUACAACUCAACGUACACGUAUCCCACUGGCGGGGACUUUUCUGGUUAUCCAGCGCAGAGCGGAUGGCAGCAACCCAGCACCACAAAUCCUGUGUACAAUCCACAUCCACAUCAGCAGCAGCAGCAACAGCAACAGCCCAGCGCACCCGCUCCACCGCCACCACAGCAAAUCCAACUGGACGUGGCGCAGCCCGAGGACUACAACCACAUCGACUCGGCGUCGAGCUCGUCCUCCAGCAAGAACUGCUCGCACUGCCGGACGACGACGACGCCGCUGUGGCGGCGCCAUCCGAUGACGCACAAGACGCUGUGCAACGCGUGCGGGCUGUACUUCAUCCAGUGGGGCGCCAUGCGCCCGGUCGACCUCUACGACACCUCCGGCGCAGGCACGGGCCCGGCCGCGAGCGCGGGCGUCGACACGCGCCAGGAGUGCACCAACUGCGAGACGCGCACGGCGUCGACGUGGCGGCGGAACAAGGCGGGCGACACGGUGUGCAACGCCUGCGGUGUGUACGAGCGGACGAACGGGCGUCCGCGACCCGUGGAGCUGAGAAGUGACCGUGUCAAGCAUCGCACCAGGCACUAAUUGGUCUGGGCGCUGCUGACUGGUCGCGUGCUUAUCUGUCCGUCCGCUGGUGCUUAUUCAUAGACUGGUUCGUGAUAGUACUGUUAUAUUGAGUAAUGAUGGCCUGAAUUCGGGUCUUUAGAGCGCAGAAUUGCGCGCCAUGCAGGCUAGCUAUGUCGUAACUGUCCCUAGAGCAAUCGCUCCGCAGUUUGAGACCGCAGUGUUCCAUAAGUGUGCUACGGUCUCAUCAAUUAUCGGCGCUGACUGAUCUAAUCUUAUCUUCUGGAGGCUCCGGUUUCGACACGGGCUCCAUAAGAAUCUGUCUGGAGGAUCCGCGUUUCGUGCUUCGAUGAGUACAGCGCCAUGCUCCGCACCUGCGUUUCACAAUCCCGACGUCUCCCGGAGAUCACAACGCGCAUGGUGGUGGUGGUAGU